GCCGAGACAGGGAGAGACCGAAGGAGUUGGAGACCGAACCUAGCUGAGCUGACUGACACAGGUAAGGAGACUCAGCAGCCUGAAAGCGAGCCGCUGCGGAGAACUGGACUCAGAGAGGGUGGGUUUGGAGGACUGCACACAGAUCUUGGUGUUGGGAGGGAUUGCAUCACCUGGCAGACUUGAUCACAGAGGUACCAGCACAGAAAUCUUGAUCAUGAGAUUGGAAAAGGGCUGGAGGCCGGUCUGCAUGUGGGCGGUCCCUUUAGGGGUACCUAGGUGGGUUUGGGUGCGGGGAUUUACCGCUAGCUUGUGGCGUGGCGGGGGCCUCAGGUAGAUACGCUGACUAUGGGGUCAGGCUGGGAAACGAACUGCUGAGGUGAACAGCGGGCCGAAGGGAAGGUGUCAAGUUAGGUAUUUACUCGGAACAGAGGGAGGAACGAACAGAGGCUAUGUCAGGCCAAGAGCUACUAUACAGAAACCAGAGAGGCAGUCCCAGUUUUUUAGGGGGUGGGGGAGAUGAUUUUUUUUUCUUUUGGGGAUGGGAAAAGGGGGUGUUAGCCCGUGCAGUACACCCCAGUCUCCUAGUCCAAACUCUCUCGCUUUGCUCUUCAGUUGCAGGUUCCGAUCUUUGGGUACUACAGGAGCUGCUCUCCAGCCCCUGCUUCUGGACCUAUGGAUUCUCCAUCUAGCGUUUCUUCUUAUUCCUCCUACUCUCUCUCUCCCUCUUUUUCUACCUCCCCAGUGAACAGUGACUUUGGCUUUCCCUCCGAUAGUGAGAGGGAGGACAAGGGCGCCCAUGGGCCCAGGCCAGACACUGUUGGGCAAAGGGGAGGUUCCCGGUCCAGUCCGGGUCCUAUCCGAUGCAGGCAUCGAACCAAGGUUUCCGGUAACCAACAUACAGCAUCUCACUCGGAACAGCGAGGAUCUGGGGUCAAAAGAACAAGAGCUGGUGAAUUGGAGACCAGUCUAAACAUCCAAGGUUGUACCACAGAGGGAGACCUGCUCUUUGCUCAGAAGUGUAAAGAGCUCCAAGGUUUCAUACGGCCCCUCACAGACCUUCUGAAUGGGUUGAAGAUGGGUCGCUUUGAGAGAGGACUGAGCAGUUUCCAGCAGAGUGUGGCAAUGGACAGGAUUCAGCGAAUUGUAGGUGUUUUGCAGAAGCCACAGAUGGGAGAGCGUUAUCUAGGGACUCUGCUACAAGUAGAAGGGAUGUUAAAGAUUUGGUUUCCUCAUAUCACUGCCCAGAAGGCAUCACUGGGAAGUAGCAAACAUCAACUGAUCAAGCAUUUUCCAAGCCACCACAGUGAUUCAACUCCUUCUUCCCCUGCACCUCCUGUGGAAAAGAUGGACCAGACACAGCUAGGACAUUUAGUUUUCAAACCAAACCAGCCUUGGCACUUUACACAAUGGCCAGCUAUGAACCUCACCUGGAUCCACACUACUCCAAUUUGCAACCCCCCUCUUGGUUCCCCAGGUACCAUCUCCAUUAGCCAUGGGCCCUCAGGCACUAGAACCAGCAUUGGUGUUAUCCUGUUCCUCCAGCAUGGAGCACAGCCUUUUGCCCAUUCUGCCCCACCCACUCUAGUCCCACCUACUACAGUGUCUUCUGUAAUCCCUGGUGAUCUUAAGAAACUAUCUGGAGAGGGGCCUCGUUGUCACAGUUUGCCGGUAACUCUGUCAUCAGACUGGAGCUGCACUUUAUCCCCUCCUGGUCUACCCACCAUGGCCAGAGAGAUGACCACAGAGCACCUAGAACAGAUAAGAAGUCAUCCUCCAGUUGUUCCCAAUGCCCGUCUCCUCAGUCCCUAACCCAGGCUGUGCAACUGACCAGUUUGUGUAAAUAUAUGUUUAUGUAUUUUUUACUUUUAAUGUGUGCAUUUGUGUUGAAGGAAGA